AGCGGAUGUUUUGGAACUAAUUAGGAAACCUGCUUCAGAGAGUGGAAAUUAGAAAUUUAAAAAUCUUUCUGAGGUUAUGCACGCGAAUCACGUGUUAUUAAAUCAAGUUAACUCGCGUACAAAUAUAAUUUUUAAGUAAUUCGCAUUUAUUGUCUAGUAUCAAUGUAUUAAAUACUAUAUUGCGUUAAUAUGUAAAUAGAUUACAGUGAAAUAAUUAAGAAAUCUCACAUGUUUAUUGACAUGCAUCAGCUGUCAUUCAGUGACAAAAAUAGAAAAUAAAUAGUAAUAAAUUGUAUAAAAUAUAAAAAUGAAAUUCUUCACUGAUUCUGUAGCACGUUGUGCUGCACGAAUUGGUACUCUCAGUGGAUUCGAAAGAAUGCCUAACGUUUCCUUCGAAACACCUCUACUCCUCAUCUAUACAAAGGGUGGCAGUGUACCACAUUUAACAAAGGAUGUUUUCAAAAUGGUAACGUCAGAGAAGCAACUACUGUCUGUUUCACUUCCCUCUACACUGUCAAUGAUGGAUGUUAUUCAGGAACUUGACACUUCUUUUGCCGACUUCGUUAGCAUGAAGGAAUAUAUACAUUUUUUAUCUAUACACGAUCCCGCGUAUGCCACUACUUCUGGCUUCCAGCAGUUGGACUCUAUUUCAGUCUGGUCUAGAACGGGAAGAACUCUCUUCACGGCUAAGAAAUACAUGGAGCUCGUGCAAGCUUACAAGCCAGAUCUCUAUGUUGCCCUCUGUGAUGGAGAUACGAACAGCAGUAGUAGCGCAAAGCGAGUGAGGAAAGCGAUUAAUCGAAGUAAAACUUUGCUGGAACAGUGCUUGGAUAUACAUUUGAGCUCGGAUGCGUUAAAAUCUAAAGGAGUAUUAGGCGCGGUGGAAGGCGGCUAUAACGUACAAGCCAGGGAAGAAUCCAUAGAUUACUUGAAGGAUAAACCUUUGGCAGGAUUUGUGAUAGACGGAUUGCAUAAUAAUGGGCCGGACGUGCAGGACAUUCCGUCGGGACAAGUGAAACAAAUAAUCAAACAUACUAUUAAUUUGCUGCCUGCUGACAAAGUAAAAGUAUCGAUGGGCUGUUGGAACCCGGCCACCGUACUCGAUCUUGUUGAGUUGGGAGUAGAUAUAUUCGACUCGUCCUAUCCAUAUGUGAUUACCGAGCAGUCGCAGGCUUUGAUAUUUUUGUGUGAUCACGACGCUUGCGCGAAUGACCAAUACGCGAUGUCGAUAACAGAAAAGAGGUAUAAAGACGACUUCUCCCCUAUUUGUAAAAAGUGCACAUGCCUCACGUGUCAGAGUCACACGAGAGCGUAUCUUCAUCAUUUACAACACACCAAGGAAAUGCUUGGCUCAGUGCUUUUAAUGAUCCACAAUGUCCAUCAGUAUCUUCAGUUCUUCGCUGCUAUUCGUGACAGUAUAAAAAGUGGAACGUUCGAUCAGCUCCAAACGAGAAUUCGUCUGAAGUACGCGGCUGUCGACUCGGAAUCCGCCGUUGUGUAAAUCUUUUUAUUUUUAAUAAAUUAUUUCGAAUAAA